AUGGUUGCUGGGGAGCCUCCUACGCUGAGUCAGAAAGUAAAAAGCGUGGUCUCCCAGGAGUUAUGUGCUCUCUUCCUGCAGCUGCAGCAGAUGUACAAGCCAGUUUGCGUGAUUCAGGCUUCGCCGGAAGAAGCAGCAGUUCUGGAAUUUGCUAGCCAAGUCGGGCAGGAGCUGACAGCUUGGGCUUCUUACCUACGGGAAGCAUCGGAAGCAUCUGACUUGCCAGCUUCAGAUGCUGAUUCGGCAGCUGCAGUGGACUUGGUUGCUAGGGCGCAACAGCUGAUUUGGGCAAACAUUCAGAAAUUGACCGGGCUGACAGGGCAAUUCAGCAAUGCGGCAAAGGUGUUGCUUGAAGGCUGUUCGAAGCGAGCAGCAGGACCCGUUGCGCGUACUCUGAGCGGAUUCCCGCCCUUGGAGACACCAAGCUGCUUCAUGGUUGCUGGGGAGCCUCCUACGCCCAGUCAGAAAGUCAAACGCGUGGUGUCCCAGGAGUUAUGUGCUCUCUUCCUGCAGCUGCAGCAGAUGUACAAGCCAGUUUGCGUGAUUCAGGCUUCACCGGAAGAAGCAGCAGUUCUGGAAUUUGCUAGCCAAGUCGGGCAGGAGCUGACAGCUUGGGCUGCUUACCUACGGGAAGCAUCGGAAGCAUCUGAUUCGGCAGCUGCAGUGGACUUGGUUGCUAGGGCGCAACAGCUGAUUUGGGCAAACAUUCAGGAAUUGACCGGGCUGACAGGGCAAUUCAGCAAUGCGGCAAAGGUGUUGCUUGAAGGCUGUUCAAAGCGAGCAGCAGGACCCGUUGCGCGUACUCUGAGCGGAUACCCGCCCUUGGAGACACCAAGCUGCUUCAUGGUUGCUGGGGAGCCUCCAACGCUCAGUCAUCAGAAAGUCAAACGCGUGGUCUCCCAGGAGUUAUGUGCUCUCUUCCUGCAGCUGCAGCAGAUGUACAAGCCAGUUUGCAUGAUUCAGGCUUCACCGGAAGAAGCAGCAGUUCUGGAAUUUGCUAGCCAAGUCGGGCAGGAGCUGACAGCUUGGGCUGCUUACCUACACGAAGCGUCGGAAGCAUCUGAUUCGGCAGCUGCAGUGGAGUUGGUUGCUAGGGCGCAACAGCUGAUUUGGGCAAACAUUCAGGAAUUGACCGGGCUGACAGGGCAAUUCAGCAAUGCGGCAAAGGUGUUGCUUGAAGGCUGUUCAAAGCGAGCAGCAGGACCCGUUGCGCGUACUCUGAGCGGAUUCCCGCCCUUGGAGACGCCAAGCUGCUUCAUGGUUGCUGGGGAGCCUCCUACGCUCAGUCAGAAAGUCAAACGCGUGAUCUCCCAGGAGUUAUGUGCUCUCUUCCUGCAGCUGCAGCAGAUGUACAAGCCAGUUUGCGUGAUUCAGGCUGCACCGGAAGAAGCAGCAGUUCUGGAAUUUGCUAGCCAAGUCGGGCAGGAGCUGACAGCUUGGGCUGCUUACCUACGGGAAGCAUCGGAAGCAUCUGAUUCGGCAGCUGCAGUGGACUUGGUUGCUAGGGCGCAACAGCUGAUUUGGGCAAACAUUCAGGAAGUGACCGGGCUGACAGGGCAAUUCAGCAAUGCGGCAAAGGUGUUGCUUGAAGGCUGUUCAAAGCGAGCAGCAGGACCCGUUGCGCGUACUCUGAGCGGAUUCCCGCCCUUGGAGACGCCAAGCUGCUUCAUGGUUGCUGGGGAGCCUCCUACGCUCAGUCAGAAAGUAAAAAGCGUGGUCUCCCAGGAGUUAUGUGCUCUCUUCCUGCAGCUGCAGCAGAUGUACAAGCCAGUUUGCGUGAUUCAGGCUUCGCCGGAAGAAGCAGCAGUUCUGGAAUUUGCUAGCCAAGUCGGGCAGGAGCUGACAGCUUGGGCUGCUUACCUACGGGAAGCAUCGGAAGCAUCUGACUUGCCAGCUUCAGAUGCUGAUUCGGCAGCUGCAGUGGACUUGGUUGCUAGGGCGCAACAGCUGAUUUGGGCAAACAUUCAGAAAUUGACCGGGCUGACAGGGCAAUUCAGCAAUGCGGCAAAGGUGUUGCUUGAAGGCUGUUCAAAGCGAGCAGCAGGACCCGUUGCGCGUACUCUGAGCGGAUUCCCGCCCUUGGAGACACCAAGCUGCUUCAUGGUUGCUGGGGAGCCUCCUACGCUCAGUCAUCAGAAAGUCAAACGCGUGGUCUCCCAGGAGUUAUGUGCUCUCUUCCUGCAGCUGCAGCAGAUGUACAAGCCAGUUUGCGUGAUUCAGGCUUCACCGGAAGAAGCAGCAGUUCUGGAAUUUGCUAGCCAAGUCGGGCAGGAGAUGACAGCUUGGGCUGCUUACCUACGGGAAGCGUCUGAAGCAUCUGACUUGCCAGCUUCAGAUGCUGAUUCGGCAGCUGCAGUGGACUUGGUUGCUAGGGCGCAACAGCUGAUUUGGGCAAACAUUCAGAAAUUGACCGGGCUGACAGGGCAAUUCAGCAAUGCGGCAAAGGUGUUGCUUGAAGGCUGUUCAAAGCGAGCGGCAGGACCGGUUGCCCGUACUCUGAGCGGAUUCCCGCCCUUGCAGACACCAAGCUGCUUCAUGGAGUCUCCCACACCCAGUCAGAAAGUCAAACGCAUGGUCUCCCAGGAGUUGAAUGAACUGUUCCUGCAGCUACAGGAGAUGUACAAGGGCUGUUUGUUGCAGCCCACAGAGGAAGAGGAAAGCUUGUUAGAUUAUGCAGCCCAGAUUGAGCACGAGCUUUUAGGAUGCUCGCUGCCAAGCGAUAUGCUGGACGGAGGUGUUGACUUCGCCAAGAUUUCGGCGGAAAUGGUCUCAGGGGCACGGAGGCAGAUUUGGGCGGAGAUUGUGAAGCGUGACUCCACGAACGCUGCGAAGAUUCUAUUCAGCCGGCAAAAGAAUCACUCAGAGUCGCAGAAGUCACAGGAGUCACCAGAGACGCAUGUUCCGCAGGUGCCAGUGUACCACAAGCACACUUCGGUGAGCGGCUUCCCGGUGUUCCUCUUCCCCUUUGAAGCCGAAAAGCCAUCCAAAGGCCCUCUGCAACAAGUGCGGCUUGCAGCCUCGCAGUACGUGCAGUCAGAGUUCGGCGCCCUAGCAAGCAAGUCGGACUUGAAGUACAUCCAGGCAGCAAUGAACGAGUCCGUGGUUACCCACACGCUUCGGUCGGACCCGACAUUGAGCUGCAGAAUGGAGGUUGAUCGGGAGGACCAUGGCUUGGCAGCGAUGGACGACAUUUUGGUGGGCCCUGGCUUCGAUGGCUUGAAUCGGGUCAAGGGCUUGGGCUCCGUUCUGACGGUCUACGCGGUGAAAGAGCCGGGCAAGGAAGGCCUGGAGGUGCGGCGCUUGGCGGUGGGCCCCGUGGUGCCGUCCGAGAAGGCCACCAGUGGGAUGACCUACAACUUCAUUAGAAAUGUGGAGUUCUUUGACGAGGACACGGAGGAGGAAAAUCUGACUGCGUUUCUUGACAGCGUGGGGGUGGAGCUCCCAGCCGACCCUGUGGAGCGCAAGAAGGUGCUGGUGAAGCUCUACACUUCAAACAAAAUCUACCCCAGGCUCAACAAGGCGAUGUACACAGAUGAUGCUGAAGAACUCAGGCGACAUGCGCCGUACAUUCGGGCUUUGCGAGGGGUUUUCAAGCGAGGGCAGAGCGACCCAUUGCCUGGCUUCAACUUCUUCAUUGGCUCGGCAAAAAAACUCGUGAAAGGAUGCGAGCUCACCAAGGAACAAGCCGAAGUCUACCAAAUCAACCAGAAAGUUUGCUGGCCGGCCUUCUUUUCCACCAGCGAGGCGGACAAGGGCGGACAUGAAGCUUUUACUGCAAAGGGCUUGACGUUCUGCAUCCGCUGCCGGGACAGCACAGAAGACCCAAACGAAAUACAGGGGUACUUUCCAGCAUCUAUCAAGCCAUGGUCUUGCUUCCCGGAUGAGAAUGAAGUGCUGAUCCCCCCUCAUUACAUGUUACGGGUCCACAACAUCAAGAAGAACGACCAGCCUGACAACCCAAACAAGUGGGUUAUCGAGCUAGAGCUCGCCGAUUUGCCCCCGGUCUGGGACAUCAUCACCCAGAAGAACUGGCACGAAUUCAAAACCUGGGCCCAAGCGCAUCCCGACUUGGUAGACACAUCGAAAUCCCACAGCUCCAUCAUCAAUGAAGUGGUGAGCAGCCUGGCCGCAGAGCCAAACGAGACCGGCGUGGAUCCUUUGAAGGUUUGCUUGGAUCACGGCGCCCUACCCAAUGAGAUUGACAUGCAGACUGGAAACACGCCACUGACGACCGUCGCGCUACAAUGCCUGGAAAGCGGGAAGACAGAACAGGCUUCAGCUGUAAUUGAAUCCCUUCUACGGGCAGGCGCAAAUCCGUACAUCAAGGCUGGCCCACACGAGAUGUCCUUUGAGCAGCUGAUGCCCAAGAUUGAUUUGCGCCUCUUGAAUUGUGUGAUGGGCUGGCAGUACUGGGUUCAUGAUGGCGUGGAUGGGAAGGAAGAUGGCUGGUAUCCGUGGUCUGAGGACGGCUCAGCCAUGUUAGAGCAUGCUUUCCAAGAAUGGCUCAACAGUGGACACGAGGGAAGGAGCAAGCUUUUAGGCGUUCGGAGCGACUAUUUCUCAUAUAACGUGGACUUCCUCCACAUGAAGCAAGCCAACGCUUCAACCGGAACAAAGCGCAAGAUCCGGAGAUACACCCAACGACGAAGGUCCAUCCCUUUGUCGCAUGAUCAACUUCGGGCAUUAUCCGAAGCAAAGCUCAGGCAAGAGCUGACACUUCUGCAAGAGCGCCUCAUGCGAGCAGCCGUCGAUGGAUUGCAGCAAGCCACGUGUCAUUUGCAAGAUGCCAGAUCUGCGGGCAUGCUGUCCAGCUUGUCCCAGAUGGUCGAACCUGCAGCACCGGCCUCUGCGACUGAAAUCUCUGCAGUCAGCAGUGAGUAUGAGAAGCUGGUGCUGGGAGACCUCGAAGAUGAAGCCAAAGAGACCAAAGAGACCAAAGAGGCCAAGGCGAGCCUUCUGAACCUGCAGGAGGCUUGCGACUUGAACUGGGACACGCGAGAGAAGGUGACCGAGGUUGUCAAGCAUUUGCGGGAUGACCCUCAUGUGGAGCUGGCAGACGAUUUGGUCGAGGGAGCUGAAGCCUUUGUGACGAGCAACAAUGUAUUCCAGAGAGAUGGGAUUACGCAUGCAGGAUUUCGGGCCAGCCUAUCUUGGCAGAAUGGUGAAAAACGAACAGACUUGGACAUGCACAUGACUUGUCCAAAAUGCAAAAUGCAGGUUUACUUCAAAAAAAAAGAGUGUGGGUGCAAAAAAAAUGAGCUCUGCAGGUUAAACUUGGACAUUGACGACCAAGGGACACCCCACAAGAGAUCCGAGGAGAACUUGUACAUGCAGGAGCCGGGUCCAGGUAGAUACAAGCUCGAAGUGGAGCUCUACUCCGGCCCGCCUGUUCCCUUCCGGUUGCAAGUUCAUCGACCCGGGCAGGCGCUCAGAGUCUACCGUGUUGCGCCUCACACUACGCCGCGUAGUGGAGGAAGGAUCGUUAUCUUUGAGGCAAGUGUUGCUGAAGGCAUCAUGCACCUCGAGUCUUGCCUUGAACAUUUGGAUGUACUGUUGAGCACUGAUUAA